AGGGGCUUUGUGCAGGUGCUGUGGACUGAGCUCCAGACCCUCCCUUGGCAGAGUAGGGGAGACCGCCCAGGUCAAUGAGCGCCUAUGGCUGUGGCUCUUCAGCACCCAGCUGUGGGGUGGCUUGUGGCAGGCCUCACUCAACUCCCACCUCCUUUUCAGAUGUGGACUACGUUACAGCCCUUUGCUCUCAGGUGGUAUACGAGGGCUUGGUGGAUGAUACCUUCCGCAUCAAGUGCGGAAGUGUGGACUUUGGCCCAGAGGUCACCUCCUCUGACCGGAGCAUCAAGGUUCUGCUGAAUGCCCAGGACAAGGUGUUUAACCAGAUCCGGAACGAGCACUUUUCCAGCGUCUUUGGCUUCCUGAGUCAGAAGGCCCGUAACCUGCAGGCCCAGUAUGAUCGACGGCGUGGGAUGGACAUAAAACAGAUGAAGGACUUUGUCUCCCAGGAGCUGAAAGGCUUGAAGCAAGAGCACCGCCUGCUCAGCCUCCAUAUUGGGGCCUGCGAGUCCAUCAUGAAGAAGAAAACCAGGCAGGAUUUCCAGGAACUCCUGAAGACUGAGCACGCGCUCCUGGAGGGUUUCGACAUUCGAGAGAGCAUCAGCUUCAUUGAAGAGCACAUUGACCGGCAGGUCUCCCCCAUUGAGAGUCUGCGGAUGCUGUGCCUCUUGUCGAUCACGGAGAAUGGGCUACCCCCCAAGGACUACCGCUCCCUGAAAACCCAGUACCUGCAGAGUUAUGGACCAGAGCACCUGCUGACCUUCCACAACCUGAGGCAGCUGGGCCUCUUGACUGAGCAGGUGCCGGGGGAGACCUUGACGGCCGUGGAGAACAAAGUCAGCAAGCUGGUGACAGACCGAGCUGCAGGGAAGCUCUCAGAUGCCUUCAGUUCCAUCGCCAGGAAGAGCCAUUUCAGGGCCAUAAGCAAGAAGCUGGGCCUGAUCCCGCGUGUGGAUGGGGAGUACGACCUGAAAGUGCCCCGAGACAUGGCCUAUGUCUUCAGUGGAGCUUACAUCCCUCUGAGCUGCAAGAUCAUUGAGCAGGUGCUGGAGCGCAAAAGCUGGCUGGGCCUGGAAGAGGCAGUGAAGCUCCUCGGGGGAAAUGAAUUUAUGGUCCCAAGUAAGUGUGCAAGAGGA